AUGUCAACUUAUCAACAUGUUAGUCUUACUGCUAUACAAAAGCAUAGCCUUUGUGAACAGAAAAAACAAAACUCACACCUUACCUAUAAUGAACUAACAAAAAUUUAUCAGAUUGGUAGAUCAACUGUUGAUAAUGCACUUGCAAGUAACCAGAAUAUUGAUGAUAAUAUUCUUAAAGUGAAGGCAGUAUUUUUUGUAGAAAAGUUAAAUAUUGAUAACUUUAAACAAUCUGAAGAAGCAAAAAUGCAAAAAAUCAAUUAUGAAUACAAUGAAGAAUUUUUUAGAGAUGAAGAUGAACUUGAAAUUUUGAUUAAUCAGUUACCUGAAAAUGAUUAUUUAAAUGAUGAUAUAUUGAAAGUGAUAGCUGAUAAUACUGAGGAUGAAGUUGAGCAACUUAUUAGUGAAAUAAAAAAGAAGGUGAAUUAUACUGAAGUAGAGAUAGCAGUUGAUACAGUUUUGAGAUUCUUAUAUGAACAAGGAAAAGAAUAUGAAUAUAGUAAAGCUUGA